GCCUCGCACAUUACCAAAUAUAUUGGUUUUUUGGUGGUUUUUUGAAGCGGCCACGUGAUCGCACAUGCGGCUUCGAACAUAAAGUUUAAACGUGAUAAUAUAUUUGUAAUAUAUAUUUAUUGUAAUAAAGUAUUCGAACAAAUAUGGCUAAAAAGAAACAAUCGAAAAUCAGCAAGGUAAAGAGAAACAAUCAGACAAAAACUAAGCUUGCGAAACAGGGCAAACUCAAAACUAAGCGACAUGGAAAGCAGAAGAAACAAGUACAAAAACCAGCACCCAAACCUGAGGAACCUGUGGAGGAAGAAGAAAGCGAUCAUGGAGAAGAUAUGAUGGGAAUGGUUGAAAAAGAUGAUUUGGAAUUUUUGAAGAAUGCUAUUACACAUAAAUCUUAUAAUUUACUAAAGCAAAUAAGAUUGGAUCCAGCCCGGACAGCAAAGGCAAAAAAUAAUAAGAGGAAAAAUGAUGAGUCAGCGAUAGAGGACAAGUACGAAGAGGACAUUUUGAAAGAAAACGGAGGAUCCGGCACAAAAAAAGUUCGUCUUCUUUUGCCAGUAAAAAGAAAGGACGGUGUUAUCGAAAGCAGGGUCCUGGAGGAGGAUAUCAAAGAAGAGGAAGAAGAAGAAGAAGAGGAUGAGAAAGAACCCGUGAAAAAUGAAGAUGAGGAAUCGGAGAAUAGUGAUACAGAAGUUAUUUCGGAAUUGACAGAGGUAAAAAAGGAAGAACCCGAAGCAGCCCCAAUCUCUACCGCUGAAUUGCUGGUCUGCAGAGAAGAAAUUCUGAGAUCACGACGAUUUAAAAUAGGUCUCUUGUCCAGUAGUUUGCUCGAAAAUCCAGAAACGAAAUCUGGAAACUUGAAAAUACUAUUGGAACUGAUGGACGAGUCGAAUCCGGAAGUUUAUAUAACUGUGAGGAAACUCGCGACCGUAUCGCUUCUUGAAGUCUUCAAAGAUCUUUUGCCAUCGUAUAACAUAUCGCAGGUUCAACCGGAAGGAGUAAAAUUCAAAAAAGAGACCUUCAAAUUGCAAAAUUACGAAGCUGUUCUGCUGAGAAGUUACAAACAGUAUCUUCAAAGAUUGGAAAAAAUGGGCGGCAAAUUGAGGAAGAAAAAAGGCGACACUAGAAUCAUUGGCGAACGAGAGAUUCUCCUCGGAGAACUCGCUGUCAACUGCAUGUGUGAGCUUCUCGUAACCCAUCCAUAUUUCAAUUUCUCUGUAAACAUAGCAAAUUUUUUGCUACCACUUUUGGAUAACAAAAGACCCAAUAUUAGAGAAACAAUAUCAAAGUGUUUCAUGCAGAUUUUCAAGGAGGACAAACGAGGCGAAUUGUCACUGAAUAUCGUUCGCCGUGUGAACCAGUACGUCAAGCUUCGCGGUCACACGGUGCACGCCGAGGUGCUUUCGAUACUUUUGGCUCUUCGCAUUAAAGACGUGGAUCUUGAUAAAGAGCGAGACGAAGAGGCAAAACAGAAGAAACUCAUGAGCCACAAGCAACGGAUCCUCGCUCUCAGCAAGCGGGAACGAAAGAAAAGCAAAAAAUUAGAGGCGAUCGAGAAAGAAAUGCUGGAAACUAAGGCCGAAGAGAACAAAGAAACUAAACAGAAAAUUCUCACUGAAAUAACAAGCAUCGUUUUCACCAUAUAUUUCCGAAUUCUUAAACAAGCUCCGAACAGUAAAGUAUUGUCAAUCUGCCUCGAGGGCUUGGCCAAAUUUGCGCAUUGCAUAAAUCUUGAGUUUUACCAAGAUUUGGUUAAUGUUAUUAACGGUUUGAUGGAGAACGGAAAUUUGGGCUAUCGGGAACAAUUGCAUUGCAUACAAACUGUUUUUACAAUAUUAUCGGGACAAGGAUCAGCAUUGAACAUCGAUCCAUACAGAUUUUACUCCCAUCUGUAUAAAAACCUGUUAACCGUUAAUGCGGGAAAGAAUCACGCAGAUGCGGAGAUAAUAAUUCGCACGCUCGUCGAGGUUCUCAUCCAGAGGCGAAAGCGAGUAACGCAGAAUCGUAUGGUCGCAUUUAUCAAAAGAAUAGCUACGGUUGCAUUGCAAUUACAACACAACGGAUCCCUCGCUAUACUCGGAAUUAUAAAAACGGUAAUGCAGCUUGGUAAAAGCGCAGAUAUUCUUCUCGACACGGAUAUGAACACCGGUGAUGGUUUUUACCAACCGGAGCUCGAGGAACCGGAGUACUGCAACGCACACUGUACCGCUUUGUGGGAAAUUGUUGCUCUGCAGAGGCACUAUCACAGUGUGGUUCAAAAAGUGGCGAAGAAUAUAGCGUGGGGAGUCCCUGUGAGCGGCGAAGGAAGUUUGCCAUCCGAAAUUGCGAAAAUACCACCGGAAGAACUGUAUCACGAAUACGAUCCAACAGGAGUCGUAUUCAAGCCAGCGGUACCCGUUCCGAAGAAAGGAACGCCCAAGAAAAGUUCCGGCCCACGCGAAUUCGCAAGAGAAUCACUGGAAAGAUUUCUCGAAAAAAUACAAAACGAACCUAUUUUUCCGAACGGAUACGUAGAUUUCCAUGAAGCUGUUAAAAUCAAUUAACUAAAUAUUGUUUUUGUAUAUACAUUUUCGUAAAAGAUAAUAAAACAUUUUGUUAGUA